GUAACUCGCUAAGAAGAUGAAUGAGGAAAAUUAAAAUCUCUUCAAGUCAUUCCUGCUCAUUUUCAUUUCAUUCAUUCGUGAUUCAUUCACUUGUUAUCGGACUUCGGUGGUGUACUGUGAGUCAUAUAAACAAACACGGUGCGCGCUGCGGUUAUUUCGAGUGGAGUGAGUGAACUGUGCGAGUGUGAAGAAACUUUCAAGAAAACAUGUCUUUUUACUAUCCUAAAAACUUUCGUGCAAACGGAUGGGGAUGGCAUCGUACCGCGAAUGCUGCAUCUGCAGUGAGAGGAUUCUUGUCCAAAGAAAGAGGCGACGGUAGUUCCGAGCCUUUGGUUGGGAAUGGCAGUCUGUACCCUUCACUGCCUUCGGAGGAUGACACUACCUUCUCUGGUGUGAGACUGUAUCCUUCGCUGCCAGCCGAGGAGUAUGAAAGUGGCGCCGUUGAAGAGGUUGUAGAAGAAGCUUGCGCUGCUGUGAACGUCAAUUUGGAGCUCGGCGAAACCCGUCCAUCUUCGUUCGGUCCAGCGGCUUACCAGGACUUCAAGGACAUUCGCUCCCGGUGCCUGUCCGAGGGCCGACUGUUCGAAGACCCCGAGUUCCCGGCGGUGGAGCGCAGUCUAUUCUAUAAGGAACGGUUGGAUAGGCAUCUAGAAUGGCUUCGACCUUCGGAAAUAUGCGAGGAUCCACAGCUGUUUGUGGAGGGCUACAGCCGUUUCGACGUCCAACAGGGCGAGCUGGGCGACUGCUGGCUGUUGGCUGCCGUGGCCAACCUCACGCUACACAGAAAACUGUUCUUCCAAGUCGUACCGGACGACCAAAGCUUCGACGAGGAUUACGCUGGUGUCUUCCACUUUAGGUUCUGGCAGUACGGGCGGUGGGUGGACGUGGUAAUCGACGACCGACUGCCUACUUACCGCGGCAAGUUAGUGUUCUUGCACUCCUCCGAGAGGAACGAGUUCUGGAGUGCUCUACUGGAGAAGGCUUAUGCUAAACUGCACGGCUCAUACGAAGCUCUGAAAGGCGGCUCGACGUGCGAAGCGAUGGAGGACUUCACCGGCGGCGUCACGGAGAUGUACGAGAUGAACGAGUUGCCGCCCAACUUCUACACCAUACUGCUGAAGGCUUACGAGAGGAACUCGCUCAUGGGCUGCAGUAUUGAGCCGGACCCAAACAUCCUGGAGGCGGAGACACCCGUGGGUCUGAUCAGGGGACACGCGUACUCCGUGACCCGGGUCAAGUAUGUGGACAUUGAGACCCCGGGACGAGCGGGCAAGAUCCCGCUGCUGAGACUCAGGAACCCUUGGGGUAACGAAGCCGAGUGGAACGGAGCCUGGAGUGACAAGUCACCAGAAUGGCGUUUUAUACCGGAGUCAGAAAAAGAGGAGUUGGGUCUGACGUUUGAUGAUGAUGGAGAGUUUUGGAUGUCUUUCAAGGACUUCUGCAGCCACUUUGAUAGAGUAGAGAUCUGUAACUUGAAUCCUGAUUCCCUGGACCCAGAAGAGUGCCCCAAGGGAUGCACCAAAAAGUGGGAGAUGUCUGUGUUCGAAGGAGAAUGGGUUCGAGGAGUGACAGCGGGUGGGUGUAGAAACUAUCUGGAAACGUUCUGGAAGAAUCCUCAGUACACCGUCACCUUGAAAGAUCCUGAUGAAGACGACGCUGAAAAUAAGUGUACCAUAAUCGUAGCGCUGAUGCAGAAGAACCGUCGCUCGCAGCGCCACCAGGGGCUGGAGUGCCUCACGAUAGGCUUCGCCGUGUACCGCCUGCCGGACUACGGCCACGUGCCCAAGCCGCUCGACAUCAACUUCUUCAAGUACAACGCGUCUGUGGGCCGCUCGCAGGCGUUCAUCAACUUGAGAGAAGUCAGCGCUCGGUUCAAAUUCGAGCCCGGCCAGUACGUGAUAGUGCCGUCCACGUUCGAUCGCGACGAGGAAGGCGAGUUCCUGCUGCGCGUGUUCUCGGAGAAGAGCAACAACAUGGCCGAGAACGACGAGGAGGUCGGCAUGGGCGACGUGGACGACAGGGUAAAAGACAUAGCACCGAACCCCGAACCAGCGGAUCCAGUGCGAGACUUCUUCACCCGACUGGCUGGUUCCGACGGCGAGGUUGACUGGCAGGAACUGAAGGAGAUCCUCGACUACGCCAUGAGAGAGGAAAUGGCCAUGCGUCGCGGCGGAGGGGCGUACGAUGGAGGGGGAGGUGGGGGGCAAACGACCCCCCCGCAAGAGCAAAGCUGCCUCGAGCAGUUGCUCUGCGCACUUUGCGCACCCAUCUGCAAGGAGAUCGGCGUCGACUUGCAGCAAAUGCAAUCUCAACAACAGCAGGAGCAAGUUCAUCUGAACCAACCGCAGUCGCAAGAACUCAGAGGCGAAGGAUUCUCAAAGGACGUAUGCAGGAGUAUGAUCGCCAUGUUGGAUAAGGACAACUCGGGCGGCCUCGGCUUUGAGGAGUUCAAAUCACUUUGGAUCGAUUUACGUAACUGGAGAGCUGUGUUCCGCUUGUACGAUACCGAAGGGCGCGGCGCCAUCCCGCCGCAACACUUGCGCGACGCUCUGCACUCCGCCGGGUACACGGUCAACGCUCACGUGUUGAACGUACUAGCUCACAGAUACGGGUCACAUGACGGCUACAUACAGUUUGACGACUUCAUAAUGUGCGCCGUGCGAUUGAAAACCAUGAUCGCAAACAACGAACCGCUCGAGAAUCUCGAACGAGAACUGCAGAACCCGUGAGCGGACGCACGGACGCCCGGACAUAAAUACCUUCAAGGGUCGGUCUUCGGGAGGGGAUUUCGCCACGUUCUCCCUCGAUGAAUGGCUGAAUCGCACAGUUUACUCGUAAGAUAAGACUGUAAAGUAAUAUACGUCUUAAUACAAAAGCUUUAAGUCUACAUUUGAUUGUACCAUACAUGUUGAGGGUAAUUCAAUAUUUCUAAUUAACUCUUUUUUUAGGCUCAAAAGGACUAGAACUCAGAGCCGUAAAGCCAGUUUAUUAAAAAUAAAAUUGAAUAUUUUACUGAUUCUACUUACUUUUUCAACUUUUUUUUUAUUAAGGUUGUUUGUGAUUAUAUACUACAAAUAACCACACAAAGCAUUUAUUAUUUACAACAAAGUCAAAAGUUUCUAAAAAGUGCCUAUUCCUUAAUGUAUGUAGUGACGUCACAACUUAAGAUUGAAAUAUUAAAAAUAUCUAUUGAACAAAAAUUUUUAUUGAACAAAUAUAAAGCUGUAUUUACUUUUUUUUAUUGAAUUACCCUCAACUGUCAAUAGGACUUGUUAUUGCCAAUUAUUUUCAUGUAGAAUUAUAAUUCCGAUUUCUAAAUAUUUCGUAUACAUUUUUUAGUCACAACAUAAUUCUAUUGAAUAUAUUUCGUCAUGUCAUGUCAUGAUUCUGGUUUUUAUAUACGAUUACGGGUAUUAUUAUGGUGUUUAAAUUAAUAAUUAAAUUGUUGUCAUUUUUGUGUCGAUUAAUUGAAAAUUUUCAUUCUCAUUUGAUGUAGUGAUUGUUACUAAUAAAAAAAAAUAUUGAAUAUCUCUCAAUAUAAACGAAAAUGCCUUGAAUCGUCCGUAGAACAGAGUAAAUAUAAAAUAAUAUAUUACGUAAAAUAAGAUAGCAGUAUUUUUGUAUCCACCGAUUUUCCAUUCCAGUUUUAUCGAACGAGUAUAUAGAGAUUAUGGAGCUAUAAUUACUGAAUAAAUUUUCAUUAUGUGCCUACUUCAUUGUUUUUACCUAAUUGUGCCUAAAAGCCUACGAAUACUUUAUUAGUCUUCAGCACAGAUUAAACAAUAAUAGCCAGAUAAAGCGCUCGUAACUCGGCGUUGUCGUUGCUGCUCCAAAAACAAAAUUAAAAAAGAAUUAAUUCUUGAGUCAGUACGACACGAAGCGUCAUCAGUAAUUUUCAAUAUUAUUUAAGAAAGAUUAAGAAAAAGAUAUUAUUUAAAAAUUUAAGAAAAUGGCGUCUUGUGUUUUUAAAUAUUUUAAAAACUGUUCACAAAACUAAAGAAAUAAGAUGAAGUAUUUUUUAUUGGUUAUUAUAUUAAUUUGCGUAAUUGUUGUUAGUGUUAAAUUUUGAAAUACAAAUUAUGAAAAUAAUUGUAUAUACGGAUGUCAAGGACACGCGUGAUGUUUGUUUUUUUUUAUGACUUUUACCGGCUUGCAUCACGCUGCUUGUAAAGACUCAUUCUGGAUUAUCUUUAUUCUGUGGUCUUCAGUUGUUAUUAUUAGUAUUAUAGUACAUCAAUGACACAGCUUAUUUGUCGUAGCCUUUUAUGUUGAUUUUUUUUUUAAUAAUGCUCUAUUAUCUAUGUACUCGAUUUCGAACUUUCAAUGAAAUAGUCGAGAAUAGUCUAUCUUUAGUUACUGUGCGAUUAAAGCUAGGUGCUUAGAUAUGUAUGCAGAAUUGUAAAAGUGUAUUUCAUGAAAAAAAAAAUCGAAAUAUUUAUGGUAAUAUAAUAUAUUGAAAAUAUAAAUAUAAUAUGUAUCUGUAAUAUUAAUUGUAAGCACUAUGCUGCGUUGACAAUGCAUUUUUUUGCAAGUUAUUUAUAAAAUUAAAUUAUGACAAUUUUUAUUUUUUUUUUAUAUCCCAAGUGAGAUCUGAAAUAAAUAUUAUGUUAUAUUUA